CAAACCCAUCAACCACACGUCAUCAGGGCAUUUGUGCAGCAGACACAGGCAGUUGUUGCAGGCUGGAAAGGUGCACUUAAGCUUCUACACGGCACAAGCUAUCAUCAGAGUGUCCUGUUUGUAAACGUGCUCGCGUGAGCGCCUGGUUACAGUAGUGAUUAUUGUCAACGCGUGAUACCCUCAGCAUGGCCUUCACAGAGGACAGCCUCAAGGCGAAGCUAUCGUCGCUCAACGAGACGCAAGAUUCCAUCUCCACAGUCGGCCAGUGGAUCCUCUUUCACAGACGACAUGCCGAACGCAUUGCAGCAGUAUGGCUACAGCGUAUGAAAGAAUCACCACCGAACAAGAAGCUAGUUCUGAUCUACCUCGCCAAUGAAAUCACCCAGACCUCGAAGAUGCGCAAGAAGGAGGAGUUCCUCCGAGCAUACGAACCCAUCAUCGUCGAAGCCACGACAGUAGCUUACAAAGGUUCACCCCACGAUAUCCAAAACAAGGUCAGAAGAGUCGUUGAGGUCUGGCGACAGCGACAGAUUUUCAAUCAGGCCACCCAGCAGGGUAUCGAGAAGGCGAUGAAUGACAUUGACUCGUCAAAAUCAGUCGGUCGUAAACCAGCCCUUGGUGGAAGUCUGUUCUCAAGCUCGACAGUCCCGGCUGAGCUCACACCAGUUGCUCCUCUAGCAACAUCGGUCAACAAGGCAGAUCUUACAGCAAAGCCAGCAGUAGCAUCAGCGAAUCAAGAAUAUGAGAAGGUCACCAACCCCAACUACACUAUUCCUUCGGCGCCUGUACACGCCGCCGGACUAUCAACACUCGUAAAGAAGCUUGCAGUAGCCGAAGGCGCAGUCGCGGAGAGCAUCAAAGCGCGUCAAGCGCUCAUUGCCGGUCUCGAGAACCUCCUCGCAACCAACAAGUCGAAGCUCGAGCAAGACCAAGCCCAAGUCAUCGACCUCAAGACCCGCAAAGACGCCAUAGAAAGUCGCAAGCGCCAAGUCGAAGACGCCAUUCUGCAAGGCCUCUCAGCCAUCGAAACGAACAGGAUCUCCGCUGCCCCCCUUACCGUCGCAACAACCUCGCCCCCCGGCCAGGACCGCCCUCAAGUCGAAGAGCUCACUCCCCCGCCCAUGGAAUCUUUCACUCCCCUCGGCUCACCACAGCAAGCACCCGUCCAAGCCAUCGAGCCCGUCCCAGACAUUGGCGACGACGUGAUGCCCGAACCCGUCUCGAACCCGAUCAUCCCCGAGACCGCGCCUGCGCCCGGAAACACCACAACAUUGCCCGGCUUCGCAACGACCAUGGGCGACACCAACGUGCCGCACGACCUGCUGAAGAGCUUGCAGCAUGCACGGCCAGGGCAGGAAGGGGGCGUGUAUGGACAGCAUUCGUAUGAGACGGCGGUGAAGAAGAGGAAGAUGAGUAACCAGGUUGAGGAUGAGUAUGCGGCGUUUGCGGGGGAUGGGGAUAUGGAUGGGAUUGAUAACAAUUUGGGAGAGCUGAUUUAGGAGGUCAGAUGUGCGGCGCUGGAAGUGGCCGAGCUGUAUCGCGCUUGAGGGGUAUGUCAAGGCUUGACUGGUGUAUAGAUGUGAGUAAGCAGCAGGCUUGUUACUGAAGGAUAUGUAAAGUCAUGCCAUGCGUGAUUUGUAGAUAUCAUUAUCUCGAUAUUGUACAAUGAACAUUGGU